AUGACAAGCAACGCCGCCGAAAGCUUCAACAAGGUGACGAAGAAUUCGAGAAAAUAUCCGGUAACUAUUUUGGUUGACUUCAUCGAGUUCACACUUCAAAAUUGGUUUGCUUCUCGUCUCGAAAAGGCUAGUAAGUGCGCUACUCCUUUGGCUACUACUUUUGAAAAUGAUUUAAAGGAUCAACACAAAGAUGGUAUGUUCAGGAGUGUCCUUCGUAAUGGUGCCCAAUUGUUCAACGUUGGUACGAGUCCUCAAGGUGAGAGAGGUGGUGAUGUGAACUUAGUGGAGAGAACAUGCACUUGCGGACUUUUCCAAAUGCUGAAAAUCCCUUGUCCACAUGCAUGUGCCGCAGCAGUUAGUCAGAAUGUGAGCGUGUACACACUUUGCUCUCCAUAUUACACUAAAGAAACGUGGAAGAAAACCUACGAUGCCACAAUUAAUAUUGUUGGCGAGGAGGAUGAGUGGGUACUACCGGAACAUAUCAAGAACAUAAGAAUCGGGGUACCAGUGGAGAAAAAACCAGUAGGUCGGCCUAGGAAGAGCAAUGCAGGUAGAAGACCGACGAAGCGUCGACCGUCUAGUGGUCAGGUGGUAGUGGAACCUCGUCAUUGUUCGCUAUGUCACGGUUCAGGGCACAACAGAGCUACAUGCAAAGCUCGAGUUUGA